AUGAAUAUUGACUCCCAUCAGGCUAAGCGGCGCGAUAGUGCUCGAAAAGAUAUGUUGAAAGAGAAGAUUCAAGAGCAUCGAGCUUUUGCAAAAACCAUUUCGCCUUCAGCUUUGGAAGAGCCCGUCCUGCAGAGCAAAGUUGAUGGCUGGAUCGCUAGCUUUGAUUUCGGCUUCAUUGAAGGUAUCAUGUUGCUAGAUGCAGAUCUCGACUGUCUCCAAGAGCGCGCAACCCGAGACGAUAGCUCCAGUGAAGCCCACGAUGAUGAAGAUGACGAAGUUGACGAAGAUGAAGAUAAUGAGGAUGAUGAGGAGAUUGACGAAGAAGAGCAAGCCAGGUAG